AUGGGCGGAUCCUGCGGUGCCGGCGCGUUGCCGUCGAGGCCGUGGACCGCGGCGCCCUCCGAACCGUCUCGAUCGCGGCGUAGGGCGCGGUCGGGGCGCGCACCGCCCGGAUCGGGACGCCGCGGAAGAUCUCGCGCGUCGCCCGUCGCGGUGAGCCCGGGGGAUCUCGCGGACCUCGUGGAGGGCACCGCCGACGCGAUGGGCGAGACGAUGGACGCCGUGAUGACCGCGACGGUCCCCAACGUCACCUCCCACCCGUACACCCUCCACCUCCACACCGACACGCACUUCUUCCCGGGCCUCGCCAACUACGACGCCGUCGGCUUCCACGUCAACGUACUCGCCGUGCUCGCCGCCGCCGGGAUCUUCUUCCCAGUCGCCGGCCUCCUCCUGGUGUCGCAGCUGUGGGAACGCGUGGGCAAGGAGCUCGUGUUCGGCAAGGACCCGGAGGACGAUCCCGACGCCGACGAAGCCAUCGUGCUGUGCGGCGUGGACUGCUCCGCGUACCCGAUAUUCCGCCACCCGAAGAUCGUCCGAGCGGCGCUCUUCGCCGAGCGUUGGCACCACGGCCAGUACCGGCGCAGCGGCGAGCCGUACGUCACCCACUGCGUGGAAGCCGCCAGGAUCCUCGCCGCGCUGCUCCCGCAACGAGCAGCGGAACGGGGCGAGCGUAAGUACGUCGACGCCGUCGCCGCUUGCAUCCUCCACGACGUCGUCGACGACACCGAGUGCGACGUCGAGGACGUGAGAGCGCAGUUUGGCAGUCGGGUUGCGAAGCUGGUGCAGGACGUGAGCACCCUCGGAAAGUUGCCGCAGAUCUUGCGGCGGUACCAGCGAAGGAGCGUGGAGGGGGAGUUGAACCUGCGGGCGGCGGCGGCGGCGCGAGCGGCGGGGGGCGGUGACUCACCGGGCGGUGACUCACCGGGCGGCGGCGACACAGCUGGCGGGCCGGGGCCAAAGGAGGAGGAGGACGUCGCGGAGGCGGCGUACGCCGCGGCGAAGACGGCGGGCCAGAUGCGAAUCGACACGUCGACGACGGAGGACAUCGGCACCAUGGAACUGGAGGAGCUGGCGAAGCUCCGCAAGCUCCUUCUGGUGAUGGUGGACGACCCGAGGGUUUUCCUGAUCAAGAUUGCCGACAGGCUGCACAACAUGCGGACGAUGUACGCGGUCAACUCGGCCAAGUCGAAGUUUGUCGCUAACGAGACGCUCCAGGUGUGGUGCUCCUUCGCGGAGCAGCUCGGGAUGUUCGGCGCCAAGGCCGAGAUGGAGGACCUCUCCUUCGCGGUGGUCAACCCCGACGCGUUCAGGGCGGUGAUCAACGCGAGGGUGGACGAGUGGUACCGGCCGGAUGACGGCAAAUCCUCCAAGAAGGCGAAGACGCGGACAAAGACGGAUCUUUCCGAGGACGACGCGGCGUCGACGGAUCUUUCAUCAGAGGUGGAAUCCGAUGAACCCGCCUCCGACGACGACGACGACGCGAGUACGUCCGAGGCGGCGAGUAAGUCCGCGUUCACGAUGACGUGGGAGCCGCCCACGGGCGCGGACGUCCAGAUGUUCUUCGAGAGGGUUCUCCGGGGUGAAAACGCGGGUACCCCGAGGAGACACAGUCCGCGCGGCGAGAAGGAGAGAGCCAUGGAGGCGGAGAGGCGCGCGAGGCAGGUGCGGCUGGAGGCGAUGGCCGCCGCGAGGGAGGAGGAACGCGAGAAGCGCGCCAAGCCCCUGACGGAGGAGCAGGAGGAGCUCAAGGCUCUGCUCGCGUGCGUGCCCCCGUUUGAUUUGCUUCAGGCUUCGGAGCGGAACUCGAGGACGGCGGCGGCGGCGGCGGCGGCGAUGAUGGCGGCGGACGAGGCGACCGCCGCGACCGCCGCGGAUGGCCGACCAACCGUGGGGGGUGCGUCCCUGGACGCCUCCCUCCGCUCCCUGCGCCAGUGCCAGGCGACGACGAUGCGUUCGUUGCAGCUCGAUUCCCUUGCCCCGGGCCUCCGCGUGGAGAUCACCGGGCGGCUGAAAUCCGCCCACUCCACGCACCUCAAGAUGCGAAGGAAGAAUAUCGACUUCGGCCAGGUGUGCGACGCCAGGGCGCUCCGCAUCGUCAUCGGCGAGCCCGGCGAGGCGCCCGGCACCAAGGACGAGGUGGAGGCGUGCUACGCCGUCGUCAACGCGAUCCACAAGCUCUACCGAGCCGUCCCCGGCGAGUACGACGAUUACGUCGCGAACAAGAAGCGAAGCGGGUACCAGUCCCUCCACACCGCCGUCACCGGUCCGGACGGCGCCCUCCUCGAGUUUCAGGUCCGUACCAGGGCCAUGCACGAGGCUGCGGAGUUUGGCGACGCCGCGCAUUGGCUCUACAAGGAUUUCAUCAACGCCGUCAAGCGGCGGCCCAAUGACGAAUCGGCGAUCGGCGGCGACGGCGGGGGCGGCGGUCCCGAGGACGUCGACGUCGUCGCCGCGGGGGUCGCGCGCGCGCGGGCGUCGCCGACGGCGGAGACCAACGUCGAUCGAUCGUACGUCGGCCAGCCGGUGCAGAUCGUCUGGGACGUCGGAACCUCGGGCGGCGGCGGGCGGCUCAGCGCCGGGGUGGUGUGCUUCGCGGAGGGGUCCCGGAUCCACGUCGUCGAACCGAGGCGCGGCGACGUCCUGGCGCCCGGCGUCGGGUCCACGGGUCUGGCGGAGACGGCGGAGUGGGUCGCCAUGGGCCUGCACAGGGACGCGCUGGACCGAGCGGUUCGCGCGAACCGCGUCGAGCCGAGGCAAAACGGACCGGGAUACCUCGUCCUGGAGUUUGCGCUCUGCUCCGACGGCCGCUGGCACAAGGUGGACGCCUUCGACCGCAAGCUGGCGACGACGGCGGAGUUGCUGGACGAGGAGGCGCUCGUGACGGCGCUGAGAGCGGCGCGCGCCGCGGAGGUUGAGGCGGCGGCGUCGAUGGGUGACUGCGCCGGGGACGACGUGGAGUGUAACGAGAUGGCCGUCGCCCUCGAGGCGGAGGAGGUGAUCGCGGCGUUCGACCAGAAGGCUGAGGAGGCGGCGGCGGCGGCGGCGGCUGGGGAGACACUCGAGCGGGGGUCCUUCUUCGCCUCCUCAGCCGGGGGCGAGGCGGAGGCGUCGGGCGGCGAAGAAGGACCUGCAACGCCUGCGGCCGUGUUGCAGACCUCGCCGGACGACGAGAUGGCGGCCGCGAGGGUUCGCGCCAUGCAGGCCGUGCUCAAGGCGUACCUGUCCGACUCCCCGCAGCUCGUCGACGCCCCCUUCCCCGACGGCUUCGACUCGCUCGACGACGACGACGACGACGACGACACGGCUGGCGACGACGACUACGACGACGACGGUUCGGGUUUUCGAUACGAACCGUCGCUCGUCGUGGACCCCCGCGAUACGACCGGGCGUCUGGAUACGGACCGUCGCGUCCCCGUCUCGGAUCGAUUCCGCGCGGGUUUGGGUUUAGGCGGCGGCGGCUCGGCCGUCAUGGAGAAGGUGCCCCCCAAGCAGCGGCGGUGGAGCGCCAACUUGACCGUCGAGGAGGCUCUGGCGCAGGCUCGCGAGGAUCUGCGAGAAUCGGCGGAGCGAGCCGCCGAGGCUGCAAAGGCGGAGCGAAGGCGGGCGAGACGCGCGCGCAAGGAGGCGGAGUGGCAGUCCGGCGAGGUGGAGAGCCCCAUCUUCGCGAUCGCGCAGGCUGGCGUCGCGAAGGAGGUGGAGGAGGCGGCUCCGAGGGCGCGGGCCGGGCCGAUGUUCAAGGCUAAGGACGCGGCGGAGCUGCAGGCGGCGAUGCGAAAAACCCGGGGCACAUUCGGCGAGUUAUCCGCGCCGUCCAUCUCCGUCAACGAGGAGAGCGUCAUGGUCAUCACGUGGAGGCGGGAGGACGAGGCUGGACCGUUACAACCCGAGCUGGUCAAGCUGCCCAAGGGCUCGACGGCCAAGCAGCUCACGGACGGAGAAGGCGACGACCCGGUGAACGUCAACGGCGAACCCGUUAAACCGGACACGUCGCUCAAGAACGGCGACAUGCUCUUCCUGGAGUGACGACGAGCGGUCGCGGAACUCGAUUUUUUCCACCCCGGCGUGACAUCACGGCCCGGGGGUGUAGCAUACGACCACCGGUUAAGGAAGUCACCGUAACAUCUUAAGAUCUUAAGUGUUACCCG